AUAAUAGAUAUCUAUGCUGAUAACAGUUAUGAACAGAUCAGUAUGGACAGGUAGGAGAUUUCUAUCAUCCUUGAAUACUCUUAGACCCACCAUUCGGGAAUUGAUAGCGAAUCCACCAGCAGUUGAAAGUGAGAUUAGUGCUGUUGGACAUAUUAAAUCAAUUCGUCAAGGUAAGAAUGCUGGAUUUAUAGAUGUUAGUGAUGGAUCUUCUGCUAAUAAUUUAGCAGUUGUAAUUAAGAAUCCUACAGAAGUACUUCAAAAUUUAAAUUUAAAAAUUGGUCAAAGUAUUAAUGUUAAGGGUCAAUGGGUAGAAUCUCAAGGAACUCAACCUUAUGAGUUAGUAUUUAAUCCGAAUAUUGAAUCACAUGAAUUAUCUAUAAUAGGUGAUGUACCAGAUACUUAUCCUAUUCAAAAAAAGAAUACUACUAUCCAAAAUUUACGUCAUUUACCAACAAUAAGACAUCGAACAUCGACACUUGCAUCUAUAUUGAGAUUCCGUAGUUUUAUGGAAACUAAAUUCAUAGAAUUCUUUAAUAGUCGUCAGUUCAUAAAAGUAUCACCUCCAAUAGUAACUGCAUCUGAUUGUGAAGGAGCAGGAGAGCAAUUUAGAAUAGAAUCUACCUCCAAAUGGAAAAGUGCUCAAAAGGAACCAGAAGAUUUCUUCUUUGGUAAAAAUGCGUACUUAACAGUAUCUACUCAACUUCACUUGGAAGUGCUUGCUUUAAGUUUGAAUAGAGUAUGGACGUUAACUCCAUGUUUCCGAGCCGAAGUUUCCAAUACUAAUAGACAUUUAAGUGAGUUUUGGAUGUUAGAAGCCGAAAUAUGUAAUGUUGAUAGUCUUCGUCAAGUAACCAAAUUUAGUGAAGAUAUGAUUAGAUAUGUUACUCAAGCAGUAAAAGAUUCAGCCACAGCAGAAGUUGGAAAUGGUCAAGAUUUGAUUAGUUCCAGAUUUGGGAAAGAUGAAAUUGAUAAAUUAAACCAAAGAUGGGAUAGUGUUCUUACCGAAAAUGAAUGGCCUACCAUAAGUUAUAGUGAAGCAAUUGAAAUUAUAAAUAGAGUAAUGAAUAAAGGUAGACUGAAAAAUCGACUUCAAUGGGGGGAUUCUCUUCAAACUGUUCAUGAAAAAUGGUUAGCUAGUGAACAUUUCAAAUCACCAGUAUUUAUAACGGAUUAUCCAGCAUCUCAGAAACCAUUUUAUAUGCCCGAAUCUCAAGACUUCAAUCCUGAUAAACCAACUGUUGCAUGUUUUGAUUUAAUUUUCCCAGAAAUAGGUGAAUUGAUUGGAGGAUCAUUAAGAGAACAUUCUUAUGAUAAAUUAAUUCAUAGAAUGAAAGAUCAAGGUAUGAAUCUUGAAGAUAUGGAAUGGUUCAUAUCUACUAGACUUAAUGGAUCCAUACCUCAUGGAGGGUUUGGUAUGGGAUUUGAAAGAUUAAUAUCAUAUCUUUCUGCUAUGGAGAACGUUAAGGAUGUGAUACCCUUUCCUCGAGUAUCUCAAUCAUGCUACUGUUAGACUUGUAUGAAUAUAUAAUUCACAUUUCCACUCUUGUACAUAGUUAAGGUCUAAUGAAUUUUGCAAUAUUCUUACGUAAUCGGAGCGGGCAGUUUUUUUUUUU